GAAACACGCAAGAAUCAGUGCCGCCGUCUUCCUUUGACUGGUUGUUGCACUUGACUUUGAGACAUUGAGAGAGAGGUGAUGAAGAUUCAGUGCAACGUUUGCGAGGUUGCGGAAGCGAACGUACUUUGCUGCGCCGACGAGGCGGCGUUGUGCUGGGCCUGCGACGAGAAGGUUCAUGCUGCCAACAAGCUCGCCAGCAAGCACCAGCGUCUUCCUUUCGCUACCUCUUCUUCUCCCAUGCCCAAAUGCGACAUCUGCCAGGAGGCUGUUGGCUAUUUCUUUUGUCUUGAGGAUCGAGCAUUACUUUGUCGGAAAUGUGAUGUUGUCGUACACACAGCAAAUGCCUAUGUAUCGUCACAUCAGAGAUUUCUACUUACUGGAGCAAAAGUAGGUUUAGAACCCACUGAACCAGGUGCAUCCUUAUCCACAGUGAAAUCACACACAGCUGAGAAAAUAUCAGAAAGAGAAUCUCAUGCUGUGUCUAGAAAUGGCAACUCCAUAUUUUUGGCUGGUCAGCCUAACAAGGUAUCUCCUGUCCAUUUUGAUGGAGUGGGGGAUUUUCCGCCAACCAAGUUGCCAAUGUCUGGAGGAUCUGCAGCUGUGAGCAUUCCAGAAUGGCAGUUAGAUGAAUAUCUUGGACUACCUGAAUUCAGUCAAACUUUUGGUUGCAUGGAUAACCCCUCUUCCAAGCCACGGGAUGAUUAUUUGCCUGACAAAAAUGGUGUGUGAAGCCAUGGCUACUAGUCCAGCAGCAACAGGAAGCUCAGCCAUUCAUGACAUUAAUUAACCAUGGAGUCUUUUUGGUAAAUUACUAGUUUGCAUAUCUUAACACUUUUGAUUAUACCGUCGGUUUUCUUUACACUCAGGUUUGACACAUUGAGAUAUCAAGGGACAUCAUAGCUUUAGCUUUAAAAUGUUUUUGGGUGUUAAUGAGCUUAGGUAACUGUUAUUUUCUCCAGGUAUAUAGCCAUGGCAACUGCACCCUCUGAUAUUGUCUUCUUUGCGAGGAAUCCUUCCCAGGCUGAACAGCGGUAAGCUUGGAGACUCUGACCACUCCCCAAUUCUAGGAACUGGAGAAGAGCUGGACGACGAUGAGUUCUUGGGUCAGGUCCCAGAUGCAUCAUGGGUGGUACCGCAGUUUCCCUCCCCGCCUACUGCUUUGGCGCUUUACGGGCCAAAAACUGAUCAAAGAGUACUGGCUGGCACAGAAGUCUUUGUGCCUGACAUUUGCUGCUCCCCUGUUCAGAAUCCUCAUUGCCAGCCAAGUGGCACCAGCUCGAAACAUUGGAGGGGAUUCUAAUCACCUUCCUCUAUUCCAUCAACUCUGUCUGCUUUAUACUGGUGGGUUUGUAGCUACUGCGUAAUGCCAACUAACUGUUACUUCUACCUCAUGUAUGUAUGCAUAUGUAUUGGGUGUUUUUAAAAAAUUUAAUUAAACUUAAAUAAUUUUAGUCUA